ACUAACACUCUCCAACCGCAACUUCAACUGAUCCCAACCACCACCGCCGCGGCGGUUCCCUCAAAUCCGACAAAAUGGGCUUAAACUCCAACAGGGUCGAGGAUUUCUCAGACCCCGAAGCGCCGCCGCCGCCGCCGGCAAUCGCAAUCCAAAUGCCGGCAACGGAGGUCCACCGAGUCUGCCUCCCGCCGCUCAAAACCACGGCGCAGAAGCUCCGCCACCGCCUCUCCGAGAUCUUCUUCCCCGACGAUCCCUUCCACAAGUUCAAGGAUCAGCCUUGGCUCCACAAGCUGGUUUUAGGCCUGCAGUUCUUCUUCCCCAUUUUCCACUGGGCCCCCAAUUACACCCUCGCCCUCUUCAAAUCCGACGUCGUUUCCGGCCUCACCAUUGCCAGCCUCGCCAUUCCUCAGGGUAUAAGUUAUGCGAAGCUAGCGAAUCUGCCGCCGAUUAUUGGUUUAUAUUCGAGUUUCGUGCCUCCAUUGAUAUACUCAGUUCUUGGGAGCUCCAGGCAUCUCGCGGUCGGCCCUGUCUCCAUAGCUUCGCUUGUGAUGGGGACAAUGCUCAGCGAAACAGUUUCCUACAACGACGAGCCGGUGCUCUACCUUAAGCUGGCUUUCACAGCUACAUUCUUUGCAGGGGUGUUUCAGGCCUCUCUUGGCUUUUUACGAUUGGGAUUUGUUAUCGAUUUUCUGUCAAAGGCGACGCUUGUUGGCUUCAUGGCUGGCGCUGCAGUGAUCGUCUCGCUGCAGCAGUUGAAAGGGCUGCUUGGGAUAGUCCAUUUCACUACCAAAAUGCAACUGGUUCCGGUGUUGUCUUCUGCCUUCCAUCAAAUAGAUGAGUGGUCUUGGCAAACCAUUGUGAUGGGAGUUGGUUUUCUGGCGCUGUUGCUGAUAACAAGGCAAAUUAGCAUGAGAAAGCCUAAACUGUUUUGGGUUUCAGCAGCUGCUCCGUUAGCAUCAGUUAUUCUAUCAACCAUUCUAGUUGUCUGCUUCAAAUCCAAACUGCACGGGAUCAAGACCAUAGGAAAUUUGCCCAAGGGUCUGAAUCCACCUUCUUCGAACAUGUUGUAUUUCGAUGGCCCUCAUCUUGCUUUAGCAAUCAAAACUGGAAUCAUAACCGGAAUACUUUCACUCACAGAAGGGAUUGCAGUUGGAAGGACAUUUGCUAGUCUGAAAAACUACCAAGUUGAUGGGAACAAAGAAAUGAUGGCCAUUGGCCUAAUGAACAUGGCUGGCUCUUGCUCGUCUUGCUACGUUACCACCGGGUCAUUUUCGCGAUCAGCUGUGAACUACAACGCUGGUGCAAAGACUGUCGUCUCAAACAUAGUAAUGGCUGCAGCAGUGCUCGUGACACUGCUAUUCCUCAUGCCGUUGUUCUACUACACUCCCAAUCUCAUCUUGGCAGCCAUCAUCAUCACUGCUGUGGUCGGCCUAAUCGACUACCAAGCAGCGUACAAGCUGUGGAAAGUCGACAAACUUGAUUUCUUGGCUUGCUUGUGCUCCUUCUUCGGCGUUCUGUUCAUCUCCGUGCCUCUUGGUCUUGCAAUAGCAGUUGGAGUUUCGGUUUUCAAGAUCUUGCUACACGUGACAAGGCCAAACACGGUUGUGCUCGGAAACAUUCCAAGAACUCAGAUAUAUCAGAACCUCACUCAAUACAGAGAAGCUGUUAGAGUUCCUUCGUUCUUGAUCAUGGCAGUUGAGGCACCUAUCUACUUUGCAAAUUCCACCUAUUUACAAGAGAGGAUACUGCGAUGGAUCAGAGAGGAGGAAGAGUGGCUGUCAUCAAACAACAAAAGCAACUUGAAAUGUGUGAUACUAGAUAUGACUGCUGUGACAGCAAUAGACACAAGUGGAAUUGACACAAUUAGUGAACUAAGGAAGAUGCUGGAGAAAAGAUCACUCAAGCUUGUUUUGGUGAAUCCUGUUGGGAGUGUGAUGGAGAAACUGCAUGAAUCCCACAUCUUGGAAUCCUUUGGAUUGGAAGGGCUGUAUCUUAGUGUUGGGGAAGCCGUUGCUGACAUUUCGUCUGCGUGGAAAUCUCAGUCUUGAACAUCAACAAUGGCUUCACAGCCACACAUACACACACACAAAAAAAUAUGAGUAGGAUGAAGGAGUUCUUGUUUUGUGCAAGAAAAGUUGAAGCAAUAUUUAUCAAAAUGUAUGCAAAGGCAAUUUGCUCAAAAUGUACCUAGAUAGUCUUGAGAAGUUUUGUAGUUUAACUAUUUUCUCUUAUAAUUAAUUUAUUAUUACCUUUGCUUCUA